AUGGAGGCCACGCCGCCGCGGAUAACGUUCCGCGAUGCGCAGCACCGCGUGCACAUGGACAUAGUCAAGACGCGCAUGUUCCUACUGGGCCUCGGCAGCGGCACGACCCUGACCUUAUUCAUCGCGUCCAUCCUCCUCAUGGUCGCGUCCUACUCGCCGACGGCCGGCGCAAUCAGCGUAAUCUGCGGCUGGCCCUAUCCGUUGUACCGCGCGGCCUUCCUGGCGUCGCUCUGUGGGCUGUUGUACGGCGCGGUCGUCUUCGCGUGGCGGCGGAACUCGGUCGAUUUCCGACGAGCAUUGCACCUGUCGCCGGCGGUCACGUACCAGGCGAUCCUCUCCUACAGCUAUGCGUGCUUCGUCAUCGUCUUCGCGUGUUUUGUGCUCUUCGCGCUGCUCUUACUAGCGCCGGACGCGGUGCCCGGCGCCCGAAAGUUCCGCAACACGCUGCCUCUCAUCGCCUUCAUGGCGCCGUUCCUCGUCGCGGCGUGGCCGAAGGACCGCGCGCCCGGCGCGUGCCUGGCGACGCCGGGCGCCGCGGGGGCGCGGCGCGCGCUCGCGCUGGAACUGGUGGGACCCGUGCUCGUGUCGCCCUUCUCGAAGGUGACAUUUGCGCGCACGUUCGUCGCCGACGUGCUGUGCAGCAUGCCGAAAAUUUUCGCCGACGCGCAGUACGGCUUCGCCAUCGUGUUCGACUGCGACACUGACUCGGCUACAUACAUACACAUCGGCUACGUGCUCGCGUUUCUGCCCUUUGUCGUGCGCCUGAACCAGUCGCUGCGGGCGGCGUUUGAUGAUGCCGCGCACCGACGAAAGAAUUGUUGGAAUGCCGGCAAAUAUUCUCUGCAGAUCGCGCUCGUGGCCGAGUCGAUACGCGCGCAACAUAGCGUGCCCUGGUUCGCGCUGGCGCUCACGUCGACGCUGUGCAAUUUCUUCUGGGACGUGCACAUGGACUGGGGCCUGCCGCGCCAGCACAAGCGGUUCCCGGCGUGGUUCUACCCGUCCGCCGUCGCCUCGAACUUCGUGUUAAGGUUGGGCUGGGCGGUCUACGUUUCGCCGGACCAGAAGGUCGUGGCGCAACACGUCAUUCUGCUGCUCGGCGUCGCCGAGGUGUUCCGGCGGUUCCAGUGGGCCGCGCUGCGCGUCGAAAAUGAGGCCCUGAAGAUAGGUGCCGCGCCGCACGAGGGGCUGCGGUACGACUCGGUCGGUGGCGCGCCGCCGCUCGUUUAA